CCCCAUGCGGCUCUACACACUGUCCAAGCGCCACUUUGUCCUCGUAUUUGUCGUCUUCUUCAUCUGCUUUGGCCUGACUGUCCUCGUUGGAAUCAGAGGACCCAAAGUGAUCCAGACUUCUGCAGCUAAUUUUUCACAAAACAAUAGCAAAAAGCUAGAGCCCAUUCAAAUACGUUCAAAGCCUCUGUCUACAUAUAAUCAACAGCUGUGGCUGACGUGUGUGGUUGAGUUGGAACAAUCAAAAGAAACUUCUAUUCAGACCAGUUUUCCCAUGACCGUGAAAGUCAAUGGUGUGGCUCAAGAUGGAACCACAACAUACGUUCAUAACAAGGUUCACAAUCGGACAAGGACCCUCACCUGCGGUGCAGGAGGGAAAUGCACAGAAAUUAUUGUGGCUCACCUGGGCUACUUGAAUUACACACAAUAUACGGUGUCCGUGGGGUUCGAGCGCCUGAAGCUUCCCAUCAAGGAGAUGAACUUUACAUGGAAGACCUAUGACCCUGCCUUUUCUAAGCUGGAGAUCUGGUUCCGCUUUGUGUUUGUGGUGCUCACCUUCAUCGUCACCUGCCUGUUUGCACAUUCCCUGCGCAAAUUUUCCAUGAGAGACUGGGGCAUUGAGCAGAAGUGGAUGUCUGUCCUCCUGCCACUGCUGCUGCUAUACAACGACCCAUUCUUCCCCCUCUCCUUUCUGGUGAACAGCUGGUUCCCAGGCAUGCUGGAUGACUUCUUCCAGUCUCUGUUUCUGUGUGCCUUGCUGCUCUUCUGGCUGUGCGCAUACCAUGGAAUACGAGUCCAGGGAGAAAGGAAGUGUUUAACUUUCUACUUGCCAAAAUUCCUCAUUGUUGGACUACUGUGGCUGGCUUCUGUGACACUGGGAAUAUGGCAAACAGCUAAUGAAUUACAUGACCCCAUGUACCAGUACCGAGUUGACACCGGAAAUUUUCAAGGCAUGAAGGUCUUCUUCAUGGUGGUGGCAGCUGUGUACAUCUUAUACCUCUUGUUCUUGAUAGUGCGGGCAUGUUCUGAGCUCCGGCACAUGCCUUAUGUGGAUCUCAGGUUAAAGUUUUUGACUGCGUUGACCUUUGUAGUGCUUGUCAUUAGCAUUGUCAUCCUUUAUUUGAGGUUUGGAGCACAAGUUUUAGAAGACAACUUUGUAGCAGAACUGUCCACUCACUACCAGAACUCAGCUGAGUUCUUAUCUUUCUAUGGAUUGCUGAACUUUUAUCUCUACACUCUGGCCUUUGUGUAUUCUCCAUCAAAGAAUGCUCUGUAUGAGUCUCAGCUGAAGGAUAAUCCUGCAUUUUCUAUGCUGAAUGACUCCGACGAUGAAGUGAUUUAUGGGAGCGACUGUGAAGAAAUGCCCCUGCAGAACGGCCAGGCCAUUCGUGCCAAGUACAAGGAGGAGUCGGACAGUGACUGAGCCCUGGCAGUGGGGGGAGGCUGAGGCCGAGGCCUCUCCUCAGCCACUGCAGCCCGGCCUGCGACCUGCGUGUGUUCACACUUCCCAUAAGCAAAGGUUUCCUGUUCUUUAUUUGUUUACAUAUCCUUAAAAGAAAAACCAAAACAGAGCAGAUUUUAAUGUGGAGCCAAGCAACAUCAUCAGGGUGGCUGCAUUAUUUGAGGAGAGAGGCUGAUGAAGAGGUGGAAGCUGUCCAGUGAGAAAGAGCAUGUUUUUAGUGUGAGAAAUUACUAUUUUUUAGGAGAAAGAAUUGGGUAUUUUGUUUUCUUUCUUGAAAAAUUCUCCCUUGCCUCCUUCCCUUCCUCGUGGUACCACUGCAAGGGCAGCCUUGUCUGUGGUCCAGGCGGCGGUCCUUCCCAGGGCUGGCGUCCAGGCCUUUGGAGCCAGGCCAGUAGUGCAGUGUGGUGAGCCAUGUUGGUGUGACUCCUGUAACUCGUCAUGCGCCGGCCCGACCCCACUACUGGAGUAGAAGCGAAGGGCCGUGAGUUCUGAUUGGUUGGGAGCUGACAAGACAGGAAAGCUCCUUUAUACCUUGCCAGCCCUGGGCGAGGUCUUGUGCCAUGGUGCUGUCCAGGUGUCUGUGCAUGGGCUGGGGAACGGGACCCCUCCAUGUGAACCCCAUGAAACAUUGCUUUAUAGCCAAAAAGGUUUUCAGUUUCAGAUUUGAAAACUAUUUGAAGAGAAAGACAUUUCAAGCCUGAGGUCCAGGUAGCUUGUUUGGAGUCAUUCCCGCCUGUGGCGAGCCCUGCUGUGGUCAAGUGAGCCAAGUGUGUUGCUUGGGGCUCUUAACACCCCAUUGCUGACAGCUCGGUUCUUCUAUCAGUUCGGGACAGAGUCCGGUGUGGCUGUGUCCUGUUGCUCCCUACCACGCGCAGCAAUGCUGGCUGACAUGUGGCAACCUGUCCUCCUUUCUGCUGCCAUUUUGGUGAGGUUGUACUCAUCUCUGCACCAGCGCUCAGAUGACCACUUAGAGCCGCUGUUUCCACUGCCUCACCUGGUGCCCAGCGAGACCUAGACAGGCUUGGGGAGACUGACAUUGUGACUUCCCGACUUGUACUGUUUGAUCCUGUGCUUCAAUACGGAUUCCACUGACAUUCGUUGAGAAAACCUUCUAAAUAUGAAUGAAAACAACUAUACAGCAAGGGUAGCUCAAGUUUACAUGAUUUUUACAUUUGCAAUGCUGUGAUGACUUUGAUUUCAUGUACGUGGAGAUACUGAUACUGAAAAAGUUUUUCUGUUACCAAACUUUUGAACUUCUAAUAAGAUUACUCCAACUUAGUUUUAUGUACACUGAUGAAGACUGACUUGUACUGAAUGACAUAUUCUAAUAUGUAAUAUAGUUUAUAUGUUUUAAUCAUUAUAAAAGUUGUCUAUGAUUCAGAUGCUAUUUAUCACUAUGUGUAAGAUAGGUGAGGCAUUUAGCCAUAGACUAGCACUUUUGAAAACCUGUCUGUCUUGGAUAAUGUACUCAUAAACUGAUUGCUAAUGUCUUUAUAUUUUGAUUCUUCAUGGCACCAAUGAAAUGAAAAAUAUAGGAGUAUUUUUUGUUGGGAACAAAAAUAUUUCAGAGAAAGUACUUAAGGGGAAAUAGUUCUUUAUUAAAUCAUGUGUUUUUAAUUUGUCUUCAGAGUUUCAUGUAGAAAGACAAUAUAUACUGUAUGUAAAAAUUUGCUUACAAUACAUGGCAUUUAGCUGUAGAAUAUGUGCCAUAGCUAUUAGGUAAAAACAUUUAAUGUCUGCCAGAAACUGGCAGAAAGUCUACCAAAACAAGAAAAUUGUUUUGCUUUUAGUCUAAAUUUUGCAACCUUAAAUUAUAAACUCGAAGGGCUGGCUUUAGUUCUUUCAUGGUAAUGGCUUGAUUUGCAUCAACUUUGGGAUAGUUUUAAUAUUGGUCCAGUCACGGGGGACCUGGAAGGUGAACAGAGACACUGCAUAGCUUCCCUAGGGAGUGCUUCACUAUCCAUGUGGAUAAUCGCCCUGCUUGAUUUAUUAUUAAAUCAUUACAACAGUGAAGUGGUGCCUUUAAGCCCCAUCUAAAAGCCUAGAGGAUAUGUGUGUGUGUGUGUGCACGUGCGCGUGCGCAUGCACAGGCGUGUGUGCAUGUGUGUGUGUAUAAAUAUGUAUAUAUAGUUUUCAAGGCUUGGAAGAUGGUCACUGUACAUAAAUACAGAUCAUAGCAAAUUCAGACACAUGAUGUAAACUCAGUGCACUAAAUGCAAAGGUUAUAAGUAUUUCGUGAACUAUUUAUAAAAGGCCCAGCUGUGAUAAAUAAGUUACAAUGUAGCCAGCAACUUAUUUCCUAAAUCUUCUUCACAGGAAAAACAGGCACCCAUUAAAGGGAAAACUAAGAGGGACUUCUGAACAUUAGGGUAGACUAAAGACACUAAAGCGUUUAUGUGUUUGAGGUUUGAGAAGCCAGUUGCCUUACAGGUUAGAUGGGGAGGGGGCAGAAAUCUGCUCCCCAGGCCAAAAGGAAAUGACUUUAUCUGUGACAUCUUGAUGAACAAUUUAUCUUGAUGUGAUGUUUGGAUGUAUUGGGAAGUGUAAUUCUGUCCUAUGAAAUAGAGGGAUUUUGCUACUGAAAACUGCCUUUUUACAAAAAGAGUAAAUCUUUGUAAAACAAGCUUUAUGCCCAGAAGGAGAGCUCGCAUUAUGCAUUAGUCUGGAACUGGAGGACAGCAUGCCUUGAAGGUGGCUGUUGAAAUCAAUCAGGAGGAAGUAAAUAAAUGUUUAUUUAUAG